AUGGAAAACUUCACUGCGGUAGACAAACUUGAGCCUGAUCAGCCCAAAGGUGGUGGCCGCACGGGAGGGUUAGUGGUACGAAGAGACAAGGGUGAAGAUGAUAUCGUUUUUAAGCAACCACAAGUAUCGUUGCUGGGACUGGAUAAGCUCGCCGCUGCUCGGCGUGCACAGCAGAAAAAGGCAAGCAAACUUUCCUUCUACGGUCACGACGCUGAUGAUGGUGAUGAUGCAGACGAUAGAUCAUCCGAGAGCAAACGAAAGGAUCGUCAUCAUUCUUCGUCCCGAAAGCAUCGUGAUUCGGAGGAUAGGCGUGAUCGAGAGAGUAGUGAGCAUCGUAAAAGAAGCAAACGAGAGGAAGAGGAUUAUCAUCGUUCGCGAAAGUAUCGUGAGCGUGCCGUUGAGACACCGUCCUACAGUGGCGGUGUAAGUGACGUCGCUCGACAGAAACUGUCCAGCAAAGAAAAGGCUGAGUAUGACGCAUACCGGAAGAAGGGUAGCCUGUUUGCCACCUCGAAGGGUGAAGAUAGGAGACGGGAGAAGUAUCGUCCAUCCAGUGUACGAUCGGGGUCGGAAUCAAGGAGAAGCACAUUCUCGAGGUACGAACCAAGUACACCAAGAAGUAGACACCGUUCGAAGCAACCGUCUAGCUCGAAUUGGACAGACGAUGAAGAUGACGAGGGAGCACCGUCCGGGCCACGCUCUUCGUGGGACUUCCCCACACCGAAACCAUUCGCCGGUACCGAAUUUACCGAGGCGGAUCGUGAGCAGUGGAAGGAGGAACAGCUCCGGCUGGAUCGCGAAUGGUACGGCAGCGAUGACGAACGGCAGAUGAACGAGUUUUCCGAACUCAACUCGCAGUAUCUGCAGCAGCGCGAACAACAGCAACAAUCGCGCAACAAUCGGCGCAUUUCCGCCCAACAGCGGCAAAUUAACAAAGACAACGAGCUGUGGGAAAAGAACCGGCUGCUUACGUCCGGAGUGGUAAUGUCCGUGAACGUUAACGAAGAUUUCGACGAGGAAGCGCUGGAAAGGGUACACUUGCUGGUUCAUCAUACUGUGCCACCGUUUUUGGAUGGAAGAAUAGUCUUUACGAAGCAGCCGGAACCGGUCGUUCCGGUCCGAGAGCCAACGAGUGAUAUGGCAAUAAAUGCACGCAAAGGAAGUGCACUGGUAAGGACUUUUCGUGAGUUGAAGGAGCGUAAACGAGCACAGGCAAAGCACUGGCAGUUGGGCGGUACGAAGCUGGGUAAUAUUAUGGGAGUAGCGAAGGACAAGGAUGAGCAGGAUCCGGCCGAAGGGGAUGAUGAGUCGUACGAUUCGCGGAAGGAUCAAAAGUACGCUGAUCACAUCGGUGGUGAGAAGGGUGAUUUUGGACCGCGCCGCAAGACUAUUCAGCAGCAGCGCCGUUCUCUGCCUGUGUUUGCGGUUCGGCAAGAUUUGUUGAACAUCAUCCGGGAGAACUCCAUCAUCAUUAUUGUAGGCGAAACGGGUAGUGGUAAGACAACCCAACUGACACAGUACCUUCACGAGGAUGGAUACAGUCGGCACGGCAUGAUCGGAUGUACCCAGCCGCGUCGUGUAGCGGCCAUGUCCGUAGCGAAGCGUGUUUCGGACGAAAUGGAUUGCGCCCUUGGACAGGAGGUAGGUUACGCGAUUCGAUUCGAAGAUUGUACCUCGGAAGCAACCGUUAUCAAGUACAUGACGGACGGUAUUUUGCUGCGCGAAAGCUUACGCGACAAGGAACUGGACGGAUACAGCGUAAUAAUUAUGGAUGAAGCUCAUGAACGUUCCCUGUCAACGGAUGUGUUGUUCGGGUUGCUGCGUGAAAUCGUUGCUAAGCGACGCGAUUUGAAACUGAUCGUCACAUCCGCCACUAUGGAUGCUGGGAAAUUUUCAAACUUUUUCGGCAACGUACCAACGUUUACCAUCCCCGGACGAACGUUUCCGGUGGAUGUGUUUUACGCGAAGAACGUGUGUGAAGAUUACGUCGACGGAGCGGUAAAGCAGGUGCUACAGAUACAUCUGCAACCGACCGAAGGUGACAUACUGGUGUUUAUGCCCGGUCAGGAGGAUAUCGAAGUAACCUGUGAGGUGCUAGCGGAACGGUUGGGAGAAAUCGACAAUGCACCGGCCCUGUCCAUUCUGCCCAUCUACUCACAGCUUCCGUCCGAUUUGCAAGCAAAAAUCUUUCACCGUUCUUCGGACGGCACCCGCAAAUGCGUCGUGGCAACGAACAUUGCGGAAACAUCACUCACCGUCGACGGUAUUGCGUACGUGAUCGAUUCCGGUUACUGUAAGCUGAAAGUGUACAAUCCGCGCAUCGGUAUGGACGCACUGCAGAUCUAUCCAAUUUCGCAAGCGAACGCCAAUCAGCGCUCCGGUCGUGCUGGUCGUACAGGCCCCGGGCAAGCAUUCCGUCUGUACACCGAGCGACAGUACAAGGAUGAACUAUUGCAUUUGACCGUACCGGAAAUUCAACGAACAAAUUUGGCCAACACGGUGCUGCUGCUCAAAUCGCUCGGUGUGAGCGAUUUGCUACAGUUCCACUUUAUGGAUCCACCUCCGCAGGAUAAUAUUCUUAACUCGCUUUAUCAGCUUUGGAUUUUGGGAGCGUUGGAUCAUACAGGAGCACUAACGCCUUUGGGUCGUCAGAUGGCGGAAUUUCCGCUCGAUCCACCACAGUGUCAGAUGCUGAUCGUUGCUAACGAGAUGGGCUGUAGUGAGGAGAUUCUGAUCAUUGUAUCGAUGCUUUCCGUACCAUCGAUCUUCUAUCGUCCCAAAGGACGCGAGGAGGAAGCGGAUAGUGUGAGAGAAAAGUUCCAAGUGCCCGAAUCGGACCAUCUGACGUACCUGAAUGUAUACCAGCAGUGGAAAAUGAACAAAUAUUCUGGCUCCUGGUGUAACGAGCACUUUAUCCACGUAAAAGCAAUGCGCAAAGUGCGCGAAGUUCGUCAACAGCUUAAAGACAUCUACAGUCAACAGCAGCGCCUAACACUUAAAUCCUGCGGCACGGACUGGGAUGUGGUACGUAAGUGUAUCUGUUCCGCCUAUUUUUACCAAGCCGCUCGCCUCAAGGGUAUCGGUGAGUAUGUAAAUCUACGUACCGGGAUGCCUUGCCAUCUGCAUCCUACGUCGGCACUGUACGGACUCGGUACUACACCGGAUUAUGUCGUGUACCAUGAGCUGAUAAUGACGGCAAAAGAGUAUAUGCAGUGUGCUACAGCCGUCGACGGUUACUGGUUGGCCGAGCUUGGUCCAAUGUUUUUCUCGGUCAAGGAAACGGGCAAAAGUGGACGCGACAAGCGACGGCAAGCGGUUGAGCAUCAGAACGCGAUGGAGGUGCAGAUGGCUGAAGCUCAGCAGCAGAUGGAACAGCGCAAGCAGGAUGAGGAAAAGCACAAGUUUACCAUCAAGCAGGAGAUUGUAACUCCGGGAGCCACGCCACGUCGUACGCCGGCAAGAAUAGGGUUGUAGGAUAAAAUA